AUGACACUUCCAUCAUCGUGUGACGUGCUGGUAGCAGGAAGCGGCAAUGCCGGAUUCACCGCAGCAGUGGCUGCUAAACAAGCCGGCGCAAAACAAGUUAUCCUGAUUGAGAAGGCUCCCGAGGAGUGGGCAGGUGGAAAUUCAUUUUUCACGGCUGGAGCUUAUCGUACUGCUCACAAUGGUGCUGCUGAUCUGCUACCACUUGUCAACAACGUGGACGAAGCUACCUCCAAAAGGAUUGAUAUGGAGCCAUACACCGCACAGGAUUUUGCGAAUGACAUGCAACGCAUAUGUCAGGGACGUUCCGAUCCUACUCUUAGCAAGGUUCUUGUGGAGGAAUCGUUUCCAGCUAUCCAGUGGUUGAAGCAGAAUGGGAUUCGGUUCCAGCUUUCUUUCAAUCGCCAGGCGUACGAAGUGGGUGGUCGAUUGAAAUUUUGGGGCGGAUUAGCACUAAAGACCGAAGAUGGCGGGAAAGGACUUAUUGAAGACCAUAAAGCUAAUGCUCGUCGACAUGGUGUCAAGACUUACUACUCUACGGCGUUGGAGCAGCUAUUGACUACCCCAGAUACUGGCGCUGUUGAAGGAGUGAUCGUGAGGCAUCAAGGCAAAACGGCGACGAUCAAAGCUGGCGCAAUUGUGCUCGCUGCCGGUGGAUUUGAGAGCAAUCCCCGUUGGGACUUGGCUAAAGUGCGCGGAACCCCUUAUAACACGGGAGAUGCGUUAGAAAUUGCCAUACGAGAUGCCAAGGCGAAGCAGGUCGGAAAUUGGUCUGGUUGCCAUUCCGUAGCCUGGGAUGCAAAUGCUCCGGCACAUGAAGGUGAUAGAAUUGCUUCCAACGAGUUCACAAAGUCCGGUUACCCGCUUGGUCUGAUGUUCAAUAAUAACGGAAAACGAUUUGUGGACGAGGGAGUCGAUUUGAGAAACUAUACUUAUGCGAAGUUCGGUCGUGCAAUUCUUUCCCAACCUAAUCAGAGCGCUUUUCAGAUCUGGGACCAGCGGGCAAUUCCUUUACUUCGAUCCGAGGAGUAUCGUCCAGAGCGUGUAAAACAAAUCAUUGCGAAUUCCAUUCCGGAGUUGGCUGAUAGACUUGUUGAACUAGGGCUCGAAAACAGAAAAGCAUUCGUCGAUAAUAUCAACGCUUACAACGAAGCAGUUUAUGCUUUUCAAAAGGAAAAUCCCGGGAAAAAGUGGGAUCCUUCCAUUCGUGAUGGAGUAUCAACCCAAUCCAAGGCGAUACAGUUGCCCUUGGCAAAGAGUAAUUGGGCGCUGCCAUUAGACAAAGGUCCUUUUAUGGCUGUCCAUGUCACAUGUGGAAUUACUUUUACGUUCGGUGGACUUGCUGUUGACCCGAAUACUGCGCAGGUCAUUUCAUCAGUGACGGACAGAGGGGUUGAGAGCCUGUACUGUUGUGGCGAGAUGCUUGGUGGUCUGUUCUAUGACAACUAUCCUGGAGGUAGUGGCCUAACAGCUGGUGCUGUGUUUGGUAGACGAGCUGGUAUGGCUGCAGCUGAAAACGCAAAAAAAGGCGGUCAUAGCAGACCUAGACUUUAG